UUGAAGUUUUGAAACAAGAGGAAGGAAAGCAAAGAAAACAAUGGCGGAAGACACGUUGUAUGUUCAACUGCACAAGCUUUCAUCUGUAAAAUCGGAGGAAAUUAUGGACCAAAUUCUCACUGCACUUUGGAAUACCCGACGCUCCGGUCUUCGCCCGCCCGACAAGUCUCGCUUCCAAUCUUUCCUCUUACUCCCCGACCUCGACCCCGUGUUGGCAUGCCUUCGAUUGCUUAUCAGGAAAUCCGUACACGAAAAUUACAAUGGCGAUGAUCUUUUGAAGCUAUUUCCGCCUGAUUUGUCACUUGAUUUGCAAAGUCUUCUGGUUCUAUCGUUGCAGAAAUGUCAGAGUAAAUGGAGGGAAGAAUUAGCAAAAGAACAGAGCUCUUUGCAAGCUGCAAAGAGUAUUGCACCUUGA